GAAAUCUUCAUUAUUCAUAAAAGGUUCCCUCCAGGACUACAAAAUGCCUCUGCCUCUUCCCAAGAAUCACUCACUCAAAGGCCCACAUAAUGAACAGAAGAAAUCCAUCAUCUAAAGGAGAUAAAUCUGCAUGAUUGGAUAGAUGUACAAACAUAUGUUCCAAUUUAAGUUGUUUUCAACUAAUAAAUUUAACAAACUUUUGGGUGUUUGUUUGUGAUAUCAGUUUCCCAAGAAAAAAAAAUAUACCCAUCCCCCUCUUCUUGGGAUUUCCUUUUCUGUACUUCCAUACCAUAACAUAUAAACAAUAGUUUAUCAGAUUUCAAGGCCAUCUCUCUGAAAGAAACUUUUUUGAUGCCUUGAUUCUUGUUUGAUCUGUUGAAUAUCAGGAAUACAGAAUUUGUUGCUGUUGGAAACACCCCACCAGCAUAGUUCCAGAACCAAUCAGAACCUUCUUAGAUCAAUGUGAUUUGUCGGUUCUUCAAUGGCUAAGAAGAAGAGCUGGUUCAAUAUAUUGAAGAGGUUCUUUAUAAGAGAGACGCAGUUGAAACCAGAAAAGGAGAAGAGAAGGAAAUGGAUGUUUGGAAGGCUUAAGAUCAAAAGAUUGGCUUCACUCACUGCACCAUCAUCCUUAAGUCUAGGUGAGGCAGAGGAAGAAGAAGAGCAAAGCAAGCAUGCUCUCACAGCCGCUCUUGCCACCACUGCUGCUGCUGAUGUCCUAUCAGUAGAUGAAAAUGAGAAAGAAGAGUUUUCAGUCAUCAAAGUUGAAGCUGAUGCCCCUCAAUCCAACCGUGAAAUCCUUGAAUUUGCUGCCACUAAAAUUCAGACAGCCUUUCGGGGUUACCUUGCAAGGAAAGCUUUGAGGGCAUUGAAGGGAAUAGUGAAGCUUCAAGCUAUUAUUAGAGGCAGAGCUGUGAGAAGGCAAGCUAUGACUACCCUAAAGUGCUUGCAGUCCAUUGUAAAUAUUCAGUCACAGGUCUGCACAAGAAGAUUUGAAAUGGCCGAAGGAGAUUGGAAGUAUGAUGGAAGUAAAGAAUUGCAGACUUUAAGAGACAAGAUAAUAAGGAUGGACUCGAAUAGUGAAAGAAGGUGGGAUGAUAGCAUACUGUCAAAGGAAGAGGCAGAGGCAUUGUAUUUAAGUAAGAAAGAGGCCAUGAUUAAGAGAGAAAGAAUAAAGGAUUACUCAUUCAGUCAUCGGAAGUCAGCAGAAUCAGAAAGAAACAAGGUAAAUGGAAGAUGGAGGUACUGGUUGGAUGAAUGGGUGGAUACCCAAGUUACUAAAAGUAGAGAACUUGAAGAUUUGGAUUCAGUUUUAACUUCAAAUCCAAGGCCAGGAGUUACAGGAGAGAAUUUUGGAAGGAGACAACUUAAGCUAAGAAAUAUUCAAGUACAGAAGAACUUUGAAGGAUUGGAUUCUCCAGUAUCUAUUUCCAGGAGUUCAUUUCAUCAUAGGAGGCAAUAUUCACUGGGAAAUCAUAAUUCUUUCUCAAGCUCCCCUGUUGUUCCUGCUUACAUGGCUGCUACUGCAUCUGCAAAAGCAAAAGCAAGAUCCAUGAGCUCACCAAAAAUAAGGACCAGGAGUUUUGAAACAUGCUCUGAGAGCUAUUCACCAUGUAAGAAUAAGUUGUCUCUCAUUUCUCCUAUGACUACUGAAAUGCCAACCAGUGGUAGGAUUGGCAAGAUUAAUGGUUACCAGCAAAAAUCUCCGAGCUUGAAAGGCAUUCUAGGUCCAAUAAAAUCCAGUCGGACAGUGAAGGAUCUCAGCUUUGACUCAGAGUACUCGAUGCAGAUUUGGCAUCAAAAUGAUUGCUUCAGAUGAUUUCAAAAGUUGGGUGCUAGAAGAGAUUGGUUAGCCUGUAAUUUAAAAUAGUUUGAAUAGGAAAACAAUGGAAAACUAUGCCAUCUUGUCAUUAAUUGAGUAGCUCAUAUUAAUACUACACAGUUGAUUAACACACA